AUGUCCUCUUUUCUUCUGACGUGUCAAAUUCUCCAUGCCCCUUUUCUUAUGACGUGUCAGAUUCUCCAGGCCCUCCUUUCUUAUGACGUCAGAUUCUCCAGGCCCGCCUUUCUUAUCACGUGUCAGAUUCUCCAGGCUCUUCUUUCUUAUGACGUAUUCUCCAGGGCCGCCUUUCUUAUCACGUGUCAGAUUCUCCAGGCCCUCCUUUCUUAUGACGUGUUAGAUUCUCAGACCCUCCUUUCUUAUUACGUGUCAGAUUCUCCAUGUCCUCUUUUUUCUUCUGACGUGUCAAAUUCUCCAUGCCCCUUUUCUUAUGACGUGUCAGAUUCUCCAGGCCCUCCUUUUUAUGACGUGUCAGAUUCUCCAGGCCCGCCUUUCUUAUCACGUGUCAGAUUCUCCAGGCUCUUCUUUCUUAUGAUUCUCCAGGGACGCCUUUCUUAUGACGUGUCAGAUUCUCCAGGCCAGCCCUUUCUUAUCACGUGUCAGAUUCUCCAGGCUCUUCUUUCUUAUGACGUAUUCUCCAGGGCCGCCUUUCUUAUCACGUGUCAGAUUCUCCAGGCUCUUCUUUCUUAUGACGUGUCAUAUUCUCCAGGCCAGCCUUUCUUAUCACGUGUCAGAUUCUCCAGGCUCUUCUUUCUUAUGACGUGUCAGAUUCUCCAGGCCAGCCUUUCUUAUCACGUAUUCUCCAGGCCAGCCUUUCUUAUCACGUGUCAGAUUCUCCAGGUUCUUCUUUCUUAUGACGUGUCAGAUUCUCCAGGCCAGCCUUUCUUAUCACGUGUCAGAUUCUCCAGGCUCUUCUUUCUUAUGACGUGUCAGAUUCUCCAGGCCAGCCUUUCUUAUCACGUGUCAGAUUCUCCAGGCUCUUCUUUCUUAUGA